CCUGCAGCAGGAGCAGCUCCUCCUCGUGUCGCCGGUCGCAGCAGGAGGUGGAGGGAGACACUCCGCCUUCAGAAAACAAUUGAUGAAGUUAUUUGUGAGAAUUCAUCACUUAAAAUCAUAAAAGAGGGACAAAAUAAAACAAAACAUCUGGACUGGAUAAAACCAACAGGUUGGAAGUGGACCACCUCUGGAACAAAAAGGCUCUUCAGAGGACAGCUGAUGUCCAUUCAGAGGGACCAGAACCAGAACCAGAACCAUGGUCAUCUUACAGCAGGGCGACUACGUCUGGUUGGACCUGAAGACCGGGCGGGAGUUUGAGGUCCCGAUCGGCGCCGUGGUCAAACUUUGUGACUCGGGACAAAUUCAGGUGGUGGACGAUGAAGGAAACGAGCACUGGAUCUCCCCGCAGAACGCCACCAACAUCAAGCCGAUGCAUCCCACCUCCAUCCACGGCGUGGAGGACAUGAUCCGGCUGGGAGACCUCAACGAGGCCGGAAUCCUCCGCAACCUGCUCAUCAGAUACAGAGAGAAACUCAUUUAUACAAACUGUGGUGGAAGGACGUACACAGGCUCCAUCCUGGUGGCUGUCAACCCUUACCAGCUACUUCCCAUCUACUCCGCCGAUCAGAUCCGCCUCUACACCAACAAGAAGAUCGGUGAAAUGCCGCCUCACAUCUUUGCCAUCGCCGACAACUGUUACUUCAACAUGCAGAGGAACAACAGGGACCAGUGCUGCAUCAUCAGUGGAGAGUCUGGAGCAGGAAAAACAGAAAGCACCAAACUGAUCCUGCAGUUCCUGGCAGCCAUCAGUGGUCAGCACUCCUGGAUCGAACAGCAGGUUCUGGAGGCCAACCCAAUACUCGAAGCUUUUGGCAACGCUAAAACGAUCCGCAACGACAACUCGUCUCGAUUUGGGAAAUACAUCGACAUCCAUUUCAACAAGAGAGGCGCUAUAGAAGGAGCCAAGAUAGAGCAGUACCUGCUGGAGAAAUCCAGAGUCUGUCGACAGGCUCAUGAUGAGAGGAACUAUCACAUUUUUUACUGCAUGCUGAAGGGAAUGACUGCAGAGGAGAAGCAGAAGCUCGGGCUGAGCAAAGCCACCGACUACACCUACCUGACCAUAGGUAAAUGUACAGUUUGUGACGGUCGAGACGACAUGAAGGAAUACUCCAACAUCCGAUCUGCGAUGAAGGUGCUGAUGUUCACAGACAAGGAAAACUGGGAGAUUUCCAAACUUCUGGCUGCGAUCUUACAUAUGGGGAACCUUCAGUAUGAAGCUCGAACCUACGACAAUUUGGAUGCCUGUGAAGUUGUCCGAAGCCCUCAUCUCACCACGGCUGCUACACUGUUCGAGGUAGACAGUAAGGAUCUGAUGAACUGUUUAACCAGCCGAACACUGAUCACCAGAGGAGAAACGGUCUCCACCCCCCUCAGCAUGGAGCAAGCUCUGGAUGUACGAGACGCUUUUGUUAAGGGUAUCUACGGACGUUUGUUUGUGUGGAUUGUGGAGAAGAUCAACGCAGCCAUCUACAAACCUACAUCCUCACAUCCCAAAGCUCUCAGACGCUCCAUCGGACUGCUGGACAUAUUUGGUUUUGAGAACUUUGCUGUUAACAGCUUUGAGCAGCUCUGCAUCAACUUCGCCAACGAGAACCUGCAGCAGUUCUUCGUCCGUCACGUCUUCAAGCUGGAGCAGGAGGAGUACAACCUGGAGAACAUCAACUGGCAGCACAUCGAGUUCACCGACAACCAGGAUGCCCUGGACAUGAUCGCCAUCAAACCCAUGAACAUCAUCUCGCUCAUCGACGAGGAGAGCAAGUUCCCCAAGGGCACAGACACCACGAUGCUGAACAAACUCAACUUUCAGCACAAGCUAAACACUAACUACAUCCCGCCGAAGAACAACUACGAGACUCAGUUUGGGAUUCAGCACUUCGCAGGAGUUGUCUUCUACGAAACCAAAGGUUUCCUUGAGAAAAACCGAGACACUUUAUACGGAGACAUCAUCCAGCUCGUUCACUCCUCCAGGAACAAGUUCAUCAAACAGAUCUUCCAGGCAGACGUCGCAAUGUUUUUGUGUGGUUAUGCUUCUGGUGCUACAACACCUGCAAAGGGGGCAGAAACCAGGAAACGCUCACCCACCCUGAGCAGCCAGUUUAAACGAUCUCUGGAGCUGCUGAUGAGAACUCUGAGCGUCUGUCAGCCCUUCUUUGUUCGCUGCAUCAAACCCAACGAGUUCAAGAAACCCAUGCUGUUUGACAGGGAGCUGUGUGUCCGGCAGCUCAGGUAUUCAGGUAUGAUGGAGACCAUUCGGAUCCGGCGAGCUGGAUAUCCCAUCCGCUACACGUUUGUGGAGUUUGUUGAUCGUUACAGAGUGCUGAUGCCUGGAGUCAAACCAGCUUAUAAACAGGAGGACCUGAGGGGAACCUGUCAGAGGAUCGCUGAGGCCGUGCUCGGCAGAGACGACGACUGGCAGAUGGGAAAAACCAAGAUCUUCCUGAAGGAUCACCAUGACAUGCUUCUGGAGAUCGAGAGAGAUAAGGCCAUCACAGACAAGGUCAUCCUCAUCCAGAAGGUGGUUCGAGGUUUUAAAGACAGAUCGAACUUCCUGAGGAUAAGAAAGUCUGCUGUGUUGAUCCAGAAGACAUGGAGAGGGUAUCAGUGUCGGAAGAACUACGGCGCUAUGAGAGCAGGCUUCUCCCGGCUUCAGGCUCUGGUUCGAUCCAGGAAGUUGUGCGCAUCGUACCACGUGGCCCGUCAGCGGAUCACGGGCUUCCAGGGUCGCUGCCGGGGCUUCUUGGUGCGUCGAGCCUUCAGGCACCGGCUGUGGGCCGUGAUCACCAUCCAGGCCUACACCAGAGGCAUGAUCGCCCGCCGGCUCUACAAGAGACUGAAGGGAGAGUACCGCCGGAGGCUGGAGGCUGAGAAGAUGCGUCUGGCUGAAGAGGCCAAACUGAGGAACCAGAUGUCAGCGAAAAAAGCCAAGGCUGAGGCAGAACGCAAACACCAGGAGCGACUGGCCAAGCUGGCUAAAGAGGACGCAGAGCGAGAGAAGACGGAGAAGGAAGAAGCUCGGAGGAAGAAGGAGAUGGUUGAGCAAAUGGAGAAGGCCCGAUCGGAGCCGGUCAACGACUCGGACAUGGUGGACAAGAUGUUCGGUUUCCUGGGGACCACCACUUCUUUACCGGGUCAAGAAGGUCAGGCGCCUGCUGGCUUUGAGGAUCUGGAGCACACUCACCACGAGCUGGUGGAGGAGGACCUGGACGAGGCUCUUCCUCUUCCUGAAGAUGACGACGAGGAGGACUUAUCAGAGUACAAGUUUGCCAAGUUUGCAGCCACGUACUUCCAGGGCACCACCACGCAUUCGUACGUCCGGAGACCUCUCAAACAGCCGCUGCUGUUCCACGACGACGAGGGAGACCAGCUGGCCGCUCUGGCCGUGUGGAUCACCAUCCUGAGGUUCAUGGGAGAUCUGCCCGAGCCUAAAUACCACACGGCCAUCAGCGACGGCAGCGAGAAGAUCCCCGUCAUGACCAAAAUCUACGAGACGCUGGGGAAGAAGACGUACAAUAGGGAGCUGCAGGCGCUGCAGGAGGACGGGGCGACGCCUCGCUCCGACAGCCAGAAGAAGAACAGCGUCCGACACAAACUGGUCUCGCUCACCUUGAAGAAGAAAUCCAAAAUCACAGAGGAGGUCACCAAGCGCCUGAACGAUGGGGAGUACAGUCUACACGGCAACAGCAUGCUGGAAGAUCGACCAACAUCCAACCUGGAGAAACUUCACUUCAUCAUCGGUAACGGCAUCCUGAGGCCAGGACUGAGGGAUGAGAUCUACUGUCAGAUCUGUAAGCAGCUGAGUCAGAACCCGUCCAAGAGUUCUCACGCUCGCGGCUGGAUCCUCAUCUCUCUGUGUGUCGGCUGCUUCGCCCCGUCGGACAAAUUCCUCAAGUACCUGAGGAACUUCAUCAGAAGUGGGCCGCCGGGUUACGCUCCGUACUGCGAGGAGAGGCUGAGACGAACAUUUGUUAACGGGACCAGAACCCAACCUCCGUCCUGGCUGGAGCUGCAGGCCACCAAGUCGAAGAAGCCCAUCAUGCUGCCGGUGACGUUCAUGGACGGGACGACUAAAACGCUGCUGACCGACUCGGCCACCACGGCUAAAGAGCUCUGCAGCGCCUUGUCUGAUAAGGUCAACCUGAAGGACCGCUUCGGGUUUUCACUCUACAUUGCUCUGUUUGACAAGGUGUCCUCUUUAGGCAGCGGGAACGACCACGUGAUGGACGCCGUGUCGCAGUGCGAGCAGUACGCCAAGGAGCAGGGGGCUCAGGAGAGGAACGCCCCCUGGAGGCUGUUCUUCAGGAAGGAAAUCUUCACGCCGUGGCACAGCCCUCAGGAAGACCAGGUGGCCACCAACCUCAUCUAUCAGCAGAUCGUCAGGGGCGUCAAGUUUGGAGAAUACCGCUGUGACCGGGACGACCUGGCAGAGCUGGCCUCGCAGCAGUAUUACGUCGACUACGGCUCAGAGAUCCUCCUGGAGCGUCUGCUGAGCCUCAUCCCGUCCUACAUCCCCGACAGAGAAAUCAGCUCCUCCAAGUCGGUGGAGAAAUGGGCUCAUUUCAUCAUGGCUGCACACAAAAAGGGUAUCUACGCUCAGAAGAGGUUUGACCCUCAGAAGGUGAAGGAGGAAGUUGUGGACUUCGCCCGUCACAAGUGGCCUCUGCUGUUCUCUCGUUUCUAUGAAGCCUUCAAGUUCUCAGGUCCCAGCCUGCCUAAAAACGACUUGAUCGUUGCCGUGAACUGGACCGGGGUUUAUUUUGUGGACGAGCAGGAACAGGUGCUCUUAGAGCUCUCCUUCCCAGAAAUCACUGCAGUUUCCAGCAGCAGAGGAGGGAAGCUACAGGGUCAGAGCUUCACUUUGGCCACCAUCAAAGGAGAAGAGUACACCUUCACCUCCAACAACGCAGAAGACAUCCGAGACCUGGUGGUGACCUUCCUGGAAGGUCUGAGGCAGAGGUCCAAGUUUGUGGUGGCGCUGCAGGACAACUCUGCUGCUGAGGGGUCCACCUUCCUGAGCUUCCUGAAGGGAGACCUGAUCAUGCUGGACCAGGACCUAGGAGAGCAGGUUCUGAACUCAGGCUGGGCUCAUGGGAUUAAUGAACGAACCAAUCAGAGAGGAGAUUUCCCAGCCGACUGCGUUUACGUCCUGCCCUCCGUGACCCGACCUCAGCAAGAGAUAGUGGCGAUGGUUACCAUGACACCAGACCAGCGACAGGAAUCAGCUCGAGUCUCUCAGAUCAUCCUGCCGGAGACGGAGGAUCGACUGAAACCGUACACUCUGGAGGAGUUCUCCUACGACUACUUCAGACCUCCUCCCAAACACACUCUGAGCAGAGUGAUGGUCACGAAGAACCGAGGGAAGGACAAGCUGUGGAGCUGCACCAGAGAGCCGCUGAAGCUGCCGCUGCUGAAGAAGGUGGUCAACCACGAGGACCUGGCUCAGGAGGCCUGCAUGGCCUUCAUCGCUAUGAUGAAGUACAUGGGCGACUACCCGUCCAGACGGACGCGCUCCGUCAACGAGCUGACGGACCAGAUCUUUGAAGGAGCCCUGAAGGCCGAGCCCCUGAAAGACGAGAUCUUCUGUCAGAUCAUCAAACAGCUCACCGACAACCACGUCAAGUACAGCGAGGAGAAAGGCUGGGAGCUGCUGUGGUUGUGCACCGGUCUUUUUCCUCCCAGCAACGUCCUGCUGCCCCACAUCCAGCGUUUCCUCCAGUCCAAGAAGCACCACCCGCUCUCUGCAGACUGCAUGCAGAGACUGCACAAAGCUCUGCGAAACGGAUCCAGGAAGUAUCCUCCUCAUCUGGUGGAGGUGGAGGCCAUCCAACACAAAACCACCCAGAUCUUCCACAAGGUCUACUUCCCCGACGACACAGACGAGGCGUUCGAGGUGGAGUCCAGCACCAAGGCCAAGGACUUCUGUCUGAACAUCUCCACCAGACUGCUGCUGAAAUCUCCUGAAGGCUUCAGCCUCUUCGUGAAGAUCUCCGACAAGGUCAUCAGUGUGCCUGAAGGAGACUUCUUCUUCGACUUUGUCCGACAUCUGACCGACUGGAUUAAAAAAUCUCGACCGGCUAAAGACGGAAUCAUCCCCUCUCUGACAUAUCAGGUGUUCUUCAUGAAGAAGCUGUGGACCAGCACAGUUCCAGGGAAGGAUUCGUUUGCAGACUCCAUUUUUCACUACUACCAGGAGCUUCCUAAAUAUCUGCGUGGCUACCAUAAAUGUUCCAGAGAGGAGGUCUUCCAGCUCGGAGCGCUCAUCUAUCGCGUCAAGUUUGAGGACGACAAAUCCCACUUUCCUACAAUUCCCAAGAUGCUUCGGGAGCUGGUUCCCCAGGACCUGAUCCGUCAGAUGUCGCCGGACGACUGGAAAAGAUCUGUAAUUGCGUACUUCAAUAAACAUCCCGGUAAAUCACGAGAAGAGGCCAAACUCUUGUUCCUGAAGAUCAUCUACAAAUGGCCAACCUUUGGCUCCGCCUUCUUUGAGGUUAAGCAAACCACAGAACCCAACUACCCAGAGAUCCUCCUGAUCGCCAUCAACAAACACGGAGUCAGCCUCAUCGACCCGAAGACUAAGGACAUCUUGAUCACCCACCCCUUCACUAAGAUCUCCAACUGGAGCAGCGGGAACACCUACUUCCACAUCACCAUCGGCAACCUGGUGAAAGGAAGCAAACUGCUGUGUGAAACCUCGCUGGGCUACAAGAUGGACGACCUCCUGACCUCCUACAUCAGUCAGAUGCUGACCAGCAUGAACAAGCAGCGGAGUGGGCGGGGCCAGGGCAAGUGAACGUCUUACUGGCAGGAGGCCGUCGAGCUCAUCCGCCUCCUGCGUCCCGUCGGUCAGCACUGCAGCUGGGGGCGGAGCUUCUCCCACCAGCUGUGGAGGAUGAGCCGCAGCCCCUCCGGCAGCUCGGCCGGGUCCAGCCUCACCGGGGCGAGCUCGUCUGCGGGCGGCGGCGAGGACGACCCCGGCGAGGGUCCCAGCAGCCGUCACCUUUACAGCUACGAGGAAGACGAGCUGUCCAGUGAGGAUGACUACCUCUGACCCCUCCCAGCUGUCCGUCACGGUUCUGCUGCAGCUUCUAACAUCUGGACUGUUGAUACCAGAGCUUGGAUUAGAUCAGCUCUUUAUAAAAAGUUUUUAUAUUAAACCAGCUGAUGUUGUUAGGAUGAAUAAUGAUAUAAUACAAACUCUUUCAUUUAAUGAAGCGUGCAGAAACUUCAACCUGUUGGAACAGACUGAAUAAAUAACUUCAGACUCACUUUAGAAGCUUUUUAACCCAGAAUAAAUAUUUAAUAAGACUUUGAUUUUGUUGUCAUAUUUCUAAUGAAGACUAAAGAAUAUAUGACCCAUCACACUGAACUGAGGAUUAAUUGCAUUUUGUCAAAAAUAUAAUGAACAAAUUCCUUUUCUACAAGAAAAUAAUUAAUUGUUUAAGCCUGUUUUUGAGACGUAGCUACAAAACGUUUUUGUCAUUUUCCCUGCGAGCUAGCCGUUUUUUUUUUCUUCCCAGCUGGUAAAACCUAAUAUUCAAGUAUUUUUGAGGUUUCUUCUUUAAAUGACAUUGAAUAUAAAUGACAGAAUAUUCCUCAUUAGAAUAACCUAAAAAUAGGAUCCAGGUGUCAAAAUGUAGCUUCAAACGCAGAAAUCUGAAACAGAACUGAUGUGAUGGCUCACACUAAACCAUCUUUUCCUGCUUCUUUUGCAUAAAAUCAGGACGUUUUACUUUCAUUCGUACAGAAAUUCAAGUUUUUCUUUGCUGCACUUUUAUAAGUGGAUUGAAAAAAAAAACCUCUUAAAAGAAUCUGAACCUUUUUCCAAAAACUUGGUUUAAUUUUAUUAACUUAUGUCUGAUUUAAAGAUUUUACUUCAUAUUAACCUUUUUAAUCCACAUCUUCUAUUUAAUCUAUUUAUUACCCAGAAUCCUUUGAGAAGCAGCUGCUGUUUUGGGUUUUAGAUGUAUUUAAAUGUUUUAUUGUGUAACUUUUAUUUUAAAUCAACAAAAUGACUUCCUGGUGAGGCGGUUCAGAACCUGAAGGGAAGCUGAGGUGGACCAGGGUCUGGUCUCGUUUACCGACACCUAAAAGUUCGGCUUUUCUUUGUUUUUGUCUCUGAAUGUUUUACCAAGUUAAAAUAAUUUACAGAAAACUUCUCAAAUUUAUAAAUCAGUUCUUUUUAUAAAAUUAUAAUCGACCCACAGGUUGUCCCUGCUGCAGGGUUAAAUCCUCAGAGAAGGAAUUCCUGACAAACAUUAUUUUAAAACUACAGGAUUUAUAUAAAAAAAAUAAAUAUUUUGUAAUUUUUAAUUUGACACAAAAUUUUCAGGAACCUUCAUUUUCUUUAAUUCUGUCCUCUCAGUCUGAAACUUUUUUUCAUGAACCUAAAGUUUUAUAUGUUCGAAUAAAAACAGUUUGGUGCCAACAGGUUCUGUUUGAUGUGUUCGUCUGAUAAAAGUUAACUUUGUUUUCAUCUUUUUAAAGUGUAAUUCAGCUUUUUUUGUCUUGUGUUUGUACAAAACAUUAAAUAAAACUCGUGAUUUGUGCGACAUUAAAUAUAUUUAGCACUUAUUGUUUUUAAAUUGUAACUUUUCUUUCAUUCGGUCGAUGUAAACAAACCACAAACAUUAUUUUAUUGUAAAUAUGACAUUAAAAUAAAGAGAGAAAAAAACAUAGACAAAUUGUUUCUGCAAUAGUUUAUUACCAGAUGACAGGAGCCUUUAAAAUCAGAAAAUAAACAGUAAAAAAAAAAAAAAAACAUUAUUU